UUCUCUUUUGAUUCUCUCUAUUCUCUCUCUCUCUUUCUUCAUCGCCUCUCGGAGCUCGAUGGUGAAGAACAUUCUGGUUACCGGCGGUGCUGGUUACAUCGGAAGUCACGCGGUGCUUCAGCUUCUUCUCCGGGGAUACACCGCUGUCGUAAUCGACAACCUGGACAAUUCAUCUCUGGUUUCGAUCCAACGCGUCAAGGAGCUCGCGGGAGAUCGUGGAGAUAAUCUCACAUUCCACCAGGUGGACCUUUGCGAUAAACCCGCGCUUGAGAGACUUUUCUCCCAAUCCAAGUUUGAUGCAGUGAUGCAUUUUGCUGGAUUGAAAGCAGUCGGGGAGAGCGUAGCCAAACCGCUUCUCUAUUAUAACAACAACUUGAUUGGCACUAUUACUCUCUUGGAAGUCAUGGCCGCACACGGUUGUAAAAAACUUGUAUUUUCAUCGUCGGCUACUGUGUAUGGCUGGCCAAAGGAGGUUCCUUGUACUGAAGAGUCCCCUCUCUCCGGAAUGAGUCCUUACGCUAGAACUAAGCUCUUCAUUGAGGACAUUUGCCGUGAUGUACAACGUGGUGAUCCUGAAUGGAGAAUCAUUAUGCUCAGAUACUUUAACCCUGUCGGUGCUCACCCUAGCGGUCGCAUUGGAGAGGAUCCUUGUGGCACUCCUAAUAACCUCAUGCCUUAUGUCCAGCAAGUCGUUGUUGGCAGGCUUCCUAACCUCAAGAUUUAUGGAACCGACUAUACCACUAAAGAUGGCACCGGUGUACGAGACUAUAUUCAUGUUGUUGAUCUAGCAGAUGGCCAUAUAUCUGCGCUUCAAAAGCUAGAAGAUUCUGAAAUAGGUUGCGAGGUAUACAACCUAGGAACCGGAAAAGGAACAACGGUGUUGGAGAUGGUUGAUGCAUUUGAAAAAGCUUCGGGAAUGAAAAUCCCAGUGGUGAAGGUUGGAAGAAGACCAGGUGAUGCAGAGACGGUGUACGCAUCAACCGAAAAAGCUGAACGUGAACUAAACUGGAAGCCAAAGUAUGGAAUAGACGAAAUGUGUAGGGACCAAUGGAACUGGGCAAGCAAUAAUCCUCUCGGUUACGGUUCUUAAGAGACAACUUAACUGAAAAUGCUAAAUCCAACACACACUCCAUUCUUUUUCUUGGGUAUUUAUGUUACACACCGCUCGGAUCCAUAUUCAAUGCUCAGGUUUAUUAAGCUUUUAUAGGCAAAAACACAGUGAGUAAGCUGCUUACUUGUCUAUUCAUAUAUGCUUUGCUUUCUCCUCUUGUAAUUUUUAUAUAUUUACAUUCGCACGCUUAGGCUUAACUUAAGUGGAUUCUUUUUUUUUUUUUGGAUUUGUAUCAUCUUCCUUAGGAAAUUAUUUGUUUUCGUGUUAUUUAUGGGAUUAUUAUUUGUAUUAAACAGGAAUUGGAUUAAGUAUUUUUAUUCAAUUA